UGAUAACUAUAAAGGCUAUAUAUGUUAACACUAUUGCCCAAGUUUUCACAAAAAAUCCAUUGAGUUACAUAAUAAUGUACCACAAAACAUCUGACUAAAUAAAUUAUUUAUAAUUGACCGUGAAUUCGUAGGUUAGGACGAACGUGCUAAAAAUGAUGUCUAAAAGAGUUUUAAUUGUUAACAAAACAUUUCCUAAAGUCGGAUUGGAUCUUUUGCGAAAUAAGCUACAGGUAACGGUGCUGCCAUACUUGGACUAUGAACCCGAUAUGUUACCAGAAAUAAAGAAAAAUAUAAUCGGGAUAGAUGCAUUAAUAUGGAACACGAAACAUUGUCUAACAAAAGAUAUUAUAGAUUUAGCCGGACCCCAGCUGAAAGCCGUAACUACUAUGGCAUCUGGUGUGGACCACAUUGAUGUACAGGAGUUGGCUAAGCGGGGAAUUCCCCUGGGCAACACCUUACACAGUUUAGACAAUGCUGUAGCAGACAUUACUGUUGGUCUGGUGAUAGCCGCAGCCAGGGGUUUUAAAUCUGGCAUUCGGGAGAUUGAGAGUGGCGGAUGGAAAUUCGGUGUCCAGUGGAAGCUAGGGCAAGAUAUAGCAGGAAGUACUGUCGGUGUAGUGGGUUUGGGCGGGGUUGGGCAGGCAGUUGUAAGACGCUUGAAAGGAUUCGAUGUCGAGAGAUUCAUAUACAGUGGUCGAUCUGACAAACCCGAAGCAAAAUCUCUAGGAGUCGAACGUGUUCCCUUAGAUCAAUUACUGAAAGAGAGUGACUUUGUGAUCCUCGCCUGUCCUCUUACACCUGAAACUAAACAUCUAAUUAACGUUGAAACCCUCAAAUUGAUGAAGAGGACUUCAGUCGUCAUCAAUAUUGGUAGAGGAGAUCUUAUAAACCAAGACGCAUUAUAUGACGCGCUGAAAGAGGAACGUAUCUUUGCUGCUGGCUUGGACGUUGCGACUCCGGAACCAUUGCCACACAGCCAUCCUCUUGUAUCACUCCCCAAUUGUUGUAUAAUACCACAUUUGGGCAGUGCCACACAUAAAACCAGAGACGCUAUGGCCACCACCUCAGCACAAAAUAUACUUUUUGCUAUGAAUGGAGAGAAAAUGGUAUAUCCUGUAUACUAAUUCCUCUGAUUAAAUAGUUUCUAG